AGAAGCAUCCACAUGAGUGCCAGGACCCAAUGUGUCCCAGCAGAACAUUGCUCAAAGCAUCACACUACCCUUCUUUCCAGAAUGCAUCCUGGUGCCAUCUCGUCCCCAGCGGUCAUGAAGGAGUUUUCUUCUGGAGUAGAGGAAGAGGAGAUAAAUGAAGAGAGAGGGCAGGAACCAACAUGCUGCAGCGAGGAGUGGGAUAAUAGGGUGAAGCUGAGGGAGAGGGACAGAGUAAGUGACGAAGCGUUAGAAGUGUGUUCCCUCUCUGCUGAGCUUGGUGAGAACUCCAACAUCAAUGUUAAUCCACCCAUUGCAGAGCUGGGCCUCAAUUCUGAUCUUCUGGACCAGCAGGACAACUGUCAGAAGAAUUCCACCAACUCUAUGACAUCAUCCAGAGGGAAUUCUAAGAAAUCUGAGCAGAAUGGCAAGCAAUAUUAUGCUCCACAACAGAAGACAGCAACAUGGGAUUCGUCUACUGGGGUAGAAGCAGGGGCAAGGCAAGAGAAUGGAAAAAUAAUACUUGAACAUAAAGUGAAGGGAUUUUUCCUGCCUGUUCCAGGGGAGGUGGCAGGUCCAGUCAAGAUGGAUUCAAAAGAAGACAAGCUUUUGCAUAAUAAUAUAUCUAUCUCUUAAAUGCACAGUUCUGGGAAAGUCAACCUGAACCAUCAUUCUUCGCAUGAACUUGAAACAAUGUACCUUUCUGAUGCCUCCCAUUUUCUGAGAGAAUUGACUUCUUUUUUGGGUUCUGGUACAUUUUGUGAACAGCCAAAGGCCCAAUCAUUUUGUGUUUUUAUUGGGGAUCCAAAAGACUUCCUCUAACCACAGGGACUUGAAAUAAAUAAUUUUUUCUGUGCUGUUUGUAGCAAAGGGGCUCAACAUACAAGCACAAUUCUAGUCACCAAACCAUGUAACAAAAUCUGGUUUUGUGUGUGUACAUACCAGAAGGACACAUUUUACUUACUUAGUGUUCUUUCCUGUCUGUAUUAUCCAUCACAUGAAAUCAAGAGGAAACUUCCAGUGCUGUAUUCAUUUUCAGAGGGAGGGGUGGGGGUUGGGGGCGGAAUAAAUAAUGUAUGGGGGAAAAAAUCAUGGAAAAUUCCAGGAAAACGCUUGACAAUACCUGAGAACUGCAUAAAAAAGUUUGCUUUCAGAAAAAAAAAGAAAUGCUUUCAAAGCUUGGUCAUACUUCACUUUUUUGUUCAGCAGGUGGGAAAAUGCUGUACAUAAACAGCGUGUUUGGGGAAAAAAAGCUCAUUAAAGUAAUUAUGUUAAAAGUGAGUUAAAUAUGAAGGAUUCUGGCUGAUGCUGCUGAUGGUUAAUCUCAUGUAUGAGAAAUUCCCCCAGAGUUUUUUUUAAUUUUCAGAUGGUUAUCUUCCUUAUUAGUGUGCAAUUAUAUCAGACCUCCAGUGGGUUACUAAUGCAUGUAUUGCAAAAAUAAUGGACAGAGAUAUCAAUUAUUUUCAACAUAAAGUAUCUAGUGAGUGAAACUUAGUGAUUCCUGUUAGAGCAGAGACUGUUGCAUUUUUGUACUGUAUUGAUUGAGAAGAUUUUUUUUUUCAAUGAUUGGGCUUUUCUUGUAGAGCAACUAUAAAUUACAGUAGCUAGCUGGUCUUUGUAAGUAUUGUAUCUAUAUAAUUAUGGACUUUAAUAAGGCAGUGAGGCACACAAAAAAAAAAUCAGUCUCCUUGUCCGUAGGCAGGAUUUGGUUCAGUUUGCUAAAAUGUUUCCACUUUAGUAACCUUUUUACUGUAAAAUGCUUUCUAAAUGAUUGAAGCCAUUGAACUACUCUAGCAUUUCUCUUUUAGAAACUAGCAGCUUUAAUUCUUCUAAUGUCUUAAAUAAUCAAAUUGAGAAAUAAACUCAAACACAUUUUGAAAACCUUUUGUUACAUUUUUAAAAAAAAUUUUUCCUUCUAAUUUAUGCAAUUAUUUUUGCAUUUAUUCAAUGUUACAUUUUUUAACUAAUUAAUGAACAUUAUUUUUCUUAACUGUUUUCAUGGAAAUGGUUUUAAAGCUCUCCUUCAUAUACUGUCACAAAGGCAGCUCUCAGCAGACAAGACAAGACUGUGGCAAGACUUUUUACCAUUCCAGAAUAACAUUCUAAUAAUAUUCCAGUCACUGAUGAGCUGCUGGAUAUUGAAUACAUAUAGGUCCAAUCAGCUGCAGAAAUGGUAACCUUGUUCAAGAUGGGUAACAAUA